AGCAGCUCUGGCUCAGUAAUUGCGCCCCCCCGCGUUGAUCCCGAUGUUGGCCGAGGCGCCUCUCGGCGCGACCGCGCCCUUCGGCCCCAAGACCGCCAAGCAGGUCAGGCGCUUCUUUGGGUCCGAGCCCACUCCGCUGGUGCCCCUCCGUAAGACUGCGCAGGAGCUGGGGCUCGCGGCGGUGUACGUGAAGGACGAGUCGAAGAGGCUGGGGCUCCAGGCGUUCAAGGUCUUCGGUGCCGCCUACGGGAUGGCCACCUGGCUUGCGCGCGAGGUGGGGGUGGACCUGGCGAGCGUGACGGGGCUGGAAGAGCUUCGCAGGGUGUACAGUGAGAAAGGUGGCAAGCCGAGAACCUUUGUUACCUGCACAGACGGCAACCACGGCCGGGCAGUGGCCUGGGCGGCGAAGCACCUCGGCCAGUGCGCGGUGGUGCUCAUGCCGAAGGGCAGCGCAGCGGCGCGGGUUGAGCACGUGCGCGACCUCGGAGGGCAAUGCGAUGUGACCGAUCUGAACUACGACCAGACAGUGGAGCUGGCGUUCCAGAAGGCACAGGAGAAUGGGUGGACGGUGCUCCAGGACACCACCGCCCCAGGGUACACGGAGAUCCCCACCUGGAUCAUGCAGGGGUACACCGCCAUGGCCGACGAGGCGCUCGCCCAGGUCGACGAGUUGGACCAGUCUUUCCCGAGCCACGUCGUGCUGCAGGUCGGCGUGGGUUCGAUGGCGGGGGCGGUGCUGGGCUACCUGGUGGAGCGCUGCUCCGCAGCCGAGGGCGGUGGCUCUGCCCCGCGGCCUGUGGCCAUCACCUUGGAGCCACAGAACGCUGCGUGCGCCUUCGCCUCUGCGGAGAAGGGGGAUGGCUCGGCGGUGACUGUGGACGGAGACCUGGACUCCAUGAUCGCGGGGCUGUGCUGCGGCGUCCCAUCUGACAUCGGGUGGCCCAUCCUGGCCAAGCACGUCGAUGGAGGAUUCUGCUGGAUCGGCGACGGCAUCGCAGGCAACGGCAUGCGCGCCAUGAAGGCCGAGGGCGUGGAGGCCGGGGAGUGCGGCGGGGCUGGGCUCGGGCUGAUCAGGCGGAUCAUGGCCCCCGACUGUCCUAAGGCCGCCUCUGUGCGCGAGCGGCUGCAGCUGGGCAGCGCGUCACGGGUGCUGAUCUUCAACACCGAGGGCGCCACUGACCCGGAGAAUUACGCCAAGCAGAUGGGGCUCCCAGACGUCCCGCCCAUGGCGUCCCCGGCCGACUUCGGCUUCGCCCCGCCGCUCCAGGUGAGGGCCUGCGCAGGCGAAUAAGCCGCCGCGGAGCGGCAGCGGGUGGGCAGCGCUGGCAUUUUCCCAGAGCGAAGAAGCUGGAACGGUCCAACUGUUCAAGUCUGCACUUGGAAGGUCGUGCCCUCCUUUGAUUUGCUUCUUCCCUCUAGCCGCCUCUGCCCACAUCCACUUCGGGCGUGCAACUCGAGUCGCUGUCAUCUGCGUGAGCUGUGGAUCGUGGCAGAGAACGGCGUGCCUUAAAUACAGUCUCCAUGGGCCUACAGCACCUGGUGCGUCCCUGAGACCAACGCCGAAGUCAUCGCGACGUGAGCCCGCCGCAGACUGCGGCGGGCUCACGUGUUCCUGUUUGGCCAAGCCUUUCUUGCAGUGCAGUUGUGCCAGAUCUGCUGCCGCUCAGUGCGGGCUCUGCCCAGGAAGGAUACCCCCCCCCAGAGCCCGACCCGAUCUUAUCCACAGCGCUCUUGUCUUCCUCUCGGAAGGAAGGGUCACAGCGCCGUUGCGCCCUGGAGGGCGGAUGCAUGAAGAGGCGGGAGUGGAAGCGUACCGCGGGCAGUCCAAUACCCGCAGUCAGUGGUGGCUGUGAGUUUCUGCUCCUGUUACUGCCGCGCCUCCUCCCGUGCCGCCUGCCCCUACUGCUGUUGCUCACGUUCCUGCUCCCGGCCCUGCUCUUUCCACUUCUUAGUCCUCCUGGUCAGGCUGCCGAUCCGGCUGCUGCUCCUUUCCACUCUCCUUCUCACCAUUCUCCUCGUCCUCUUCCUCCUCCUCCUCCUCCUCCUCAUCCGUUGCAUCCACUGUGGCUCAAGUCUGCCCGAUGCACUUCGUUCGUCGAGCUUGUCCAGCCUAGGCAAGGUGUUCCUUGUGGCGGCGGGGCACGCUGCCAGCGAAGCAGCACAUCGGAUAACUCUAUACAGCACGGUGUGCGGAACCUGGAAUACAUUCCAGUUCUCAGCGAGGUGAUGUUGUGGCAGGAGGUGCUGAUGCUGUAGAACCGAAAAAUCCCAGGGCGCCUUCGCGAGGCGGCAGCGCGGUGCCAAGCAGCAGGGGCGCGGCGGCAAGACCGCGCCCUGGUGAGGCGCGGGGCGGCAUGCGGGCCGGAGGGCGAAGUCGGCCAGAGCGGCGUCGCUGGAAGGCGGGAGCGCAUCGACCGCGCCAUACACUGGUGACUUCGUGGGGCGCAGUUGGAACUGUGAGGCAUUUAUCCCCACAUCCUAAGUGGGGUUUUUGUUCCCAACCAUCCUGUGGUGUUGGGUCCUCGUUUUGAAGAGACGGUCCCCGCGUUCCUUCCUCCUCCCUCGUCUCUCCUCCCUCCUCCCCCUCCC